AUGCAUCAGUACUCGGCAGCAAAGACGAAGAAAAUGGAAGAUGCUGCGAUGUGGUUUGAAAUGUGUGCAGCAGCCUUGAUGGAUGUCGUCAAUCUGCCCAGUGAAAUUGAUAUCAAAGACGUCGUCUCAACACCACGAACGCCCGUUUUAGAGGACGAAAUGUCUCUAGUUUAUGAUUAUGAUGACUCGCCUUUGGUUCAAAAAAAGGAAAGAAUUGAGCGCUUGACAAAAACAAUCAGUCGACUGAUUGACAGUGACUCUAACAAUCCCUUUUGCGACGAAACCGACCCGUUCAUGUCAAACAAUGCCCUCUUUCAAAGAAAGUCUUUGUCAAAUCAACCAAAUCUGUACAGUCAGUCUCGAUUGACGCCCCCUCCUUUACGAAUUCGCAAAGAUAUUUCAUUGCAUGUCGAUAUACCGUCACCACCACUUAGUUCAAUGAGCUUUUGUUCUGCGGAAACAGCUUAUCGAGACGAGAGUAUGAUGAGCACACUGGGUCGACGCGAUGGGGGUGGGUUUCGUUCUUUGGCGAGUAUCACGGAAGACAUGAGCGACUGCACCUGGACUUCCGAGACCUGGAAUAACUGCAUGAUGAACAGAGGUCAAAAUAUUACCAACCGGCCAUACCCUAUGCAUUCGAGGGAUUCAUCUUCAGUCGAUGAUUGGAAUGGUUUCAUGUCUCAGGCAAUCUACGAAGCAAGAAUUGAAGCGAAGAAAGAAGUCUUCAGAGCGGAGAUUGAACGACGAGUCGCAGAAAGAGUACCCAGGGUCGAUGAACCGAUCCUCGUCAACAUGUCCAGUUUUGCCUCCCUUCCUAGCUCAAAAGGAAAAGGAAUGCCUCGGUCAAUCAGCGACAUGAUCCGCGAUUGCUUGGGGAAAGAAGGCGCCGAGGAGAUGACGCCUUCCUGUCUGCGGCCAAUGCCGCGUUCGUCCAGUGCAAAACCGCUGCCAUUAUGUCUUAAGCCAAAGCAGACUGUGAGAGCAUCAGACUCGGACAAGGCUUCACUAGCUCGUUUGGAACACGCGUGGGAAGUGGCAUGCUUCGGCGGGUGGUACAUGAUAGACUCUGACCGCCACUCCUUGCACGUCGUUGAACAGAGUUGGACACAACUUCGCGAGCGAUGUCAUUUUAACAAGAUCGCAAGCAAUGGCAAUAGCGAUAUCGAAGCACGCAUCACCCGAUUCGACCAUCAGCUCUCUUCUUUGGUGCAAUCUCUGCAGCACAACAUCUCCGAUAUACACCAGCUAGCCACCGACAUCAGCCACAAUCGCACACUACACCUGCAGACCCAGAAAGUUCCACCUUCCAAAUCAUACUGGAGUUUCUCAGCCUUGUCACAGGAUGUUACCGACGAGAAGAGCAGCGACGAUUCUGAUGAUGACCACCACAAUACAAAGGACAUGAGAUUCAAUCUGGGCUGGGCUGCGCCGGGGACAGUGCUUAACGAGAACAAGGUUGCAAGAAUCCGGAGGUUGAGGAAAGAUGGAUUCAGGACCGUAGGGUUACGCAAUGAGCAGCGAGGGCAUAAGGGGGAUGAGUGGUAUUCUUAUCUCUGCGAGGAGGCUUUGAAGGAUGCUGCAUGUUUGUAUGACGCACGUAAUGAUAUUGGAUGGCAAUGGGGUACUGUCUCCGUCCUUCUCCUCACCCUUCCUGAGGAUUCCUCACCCCGCACGCCCAUUGCUGUGAUACGCUUGCUUCAGCCUUUGACAAGCAAUAGUGGCCCACUGUUUAUGCUUUCCUACUCCAUAAUUCAUGCCCCUUCCCCGCUGUCCUCACAUCUAUCCACUGUUUUUGUUCAAGGAAUUGUUUUUAUCGUCAUGGGAUACACGGCUGCAUUUGCCUUUUUCGAAGCUCUGUGGGAGGCCGGCGUUCAAUACGUCUUUGUCAACCUGGGGACCGACCAUCCAGCCAUCAUCGAAGCACUAGUCAAAGGCCAACGAGAGCGCAGAGAUCAAUGGCCCAAGGCAAUCACCUGUCCAAAUGAGAUGAUCGCCCUCUCAAUGGCCGAUGGAUAUGCUCGUCUUACAGGAAGACCACAAUGCGUCAUAGUCCACGUCGACGUCGGAACCCAAGGUCUCGCUGCCGCCGUGCACAACGCCUCAUGUGGUCGAGCACCCGUGCUCAUCUUCGCCGGGUUAUCGCCUUUUACGCUUGAAGGGGAAUUAAGGGGCUCGAGGACGGAAUAUAUUCACUGGAUACAGGAUGUGCCUGACCAGAAGCAGAUCAUCUCGCAAUACUGCCGGUAUACGGGUGAGAUCAAGACGGGUAAAAACGUCAAGCAAGUUGUGAAUCGCGCGUUGCAAUGGGCUACUAGUGACCCCCAGGGACCGGCGUAUUUGUUCUGUGCCAGAGAGAUUAUGGAAGAGGAGAUUGAGCCAUAUUCAUUAAAGCAGGAACAGUGGGUGCCGGUUACAGGAUCUGCGCUGCCGUCGAGUGCAGUCGAAAUGAUCGCAACUGAGCUGGCGAAUGCAAAAGAACCCCUGGCUAUAGUUGGGUAUAACGGUCGCAAAGCCAGUUCUGUAGAGGAGUUGGUCAGGCUAGCCAACUUAGUCAAGGGCCUCCGCGUGGUUGACUGCGCUGGAUCGGAUAUGAGUUUCCCAGCAGACCACCCUGGCUGGCUCAGCCUACAUUUCGGAAGACAUGACGCGGUCAAGACGGCCGAUUUCAUUUUGGUAGUUGACAGUGACACGCCCUGGAUUCCCACUGUUUGCAAGCCAAAGGAUACAGCAAAGGUGGUUCAUCUCGAUGUGGAUCCAUUGAAACAACAGAUUCCGAUGUUUUAUUUGCCAUCAAUUGCCACCUUCAAAGUCGACUCUACGACCGCCUUUAAACAGAUUAAUGACUAUAUUGCUUCGAAUUCGAACUUGACCCAAACACUGAAUAGCCCAGAAGUUAACGAGCGACAGAAAAGUGUUGAAGAAUCCUACCGAAAACGACUUCAAGACAUUGCAGACUCUGCGCAGACCAUCUUCAAUGUACUCUACCGAAAUCCUGGAUCAACUGCGGCGGCGGUGGACUGGGCUGGGUCUGGCGGUGGUGCUCUCGGCAUCAAGCUAGUCAGUGACGACCAACACGGCGGUAAAAACAAGGGCAAAUUUGUCUGUCAGAUCGUCGGCGAUGGCACAUUCCUCUUCUCCAUCCCUGGGUCUGUCUACUGGAUCGCCCGUCGAUACAACAUCCCCAUCCUAACCAUCGUCCUCAACAACAAGGGCUGGAACGCCCCCCGCCGAAGCUUACUGCUUGUCCACCCGGACGGCGAAGGGUCCAAAGCGAGCAAUGAAGAGAUGAAUAUUUCUUUUGACCCAACACCGGAUUAUGCGAGGAUCGCCAAAGCGGCUGCUGGAGGGGAGCUGUGGGCUGGUCGAGCAAGUACGGUUGGGGAACUUGCGGAAAAGCUUCCGCAGGCCAUCCAGAGUGUUUUGGACGGCAAGUCGGCUGUUCUAGAGGCGCAAUUGGAUGGAACAGCAGGGAAAUAUGUGGGAAAGUAG